GAUAUCAAAAUGACCUCAACAAGUGAAACAACUCCACCGCAGUGCCCUACAGUACUUGGGGCUCAACCACAGACCCCACAAACGACUCCAGUAUUGAGCGUCGCCUGUCGUGUCCUGAGGUCACCAAGCAGAGAAAGUGUCGCUACUGACCUCUCGUUGUUUUCGGUGUCCUCAACUGCGGCGUCAGAAAGGAGGGCAUUAAUAGCUGCUGCGAGGAAUGAGCUGGGAAAUCGAGGUCAUAGCCCCAAUCCGGAACAGAGCAGGAACAGGCCAGCCGAUAUCCCAGAGAUCCUAUGGUUCGAGGAAGAGGCGGAGGCCAUCCGUAGCUGCGCAGCUCUUUCCUCAGCAGCUGGUCUGCAGAAGAGCUUCAGUACUUCAGACAUCGGGCAGCUGCCAUCACCUGAAGAUGGCCACACUGGGGCCAUGGCAAACAGGGGGCUUAGGAAUGCGGUUUCUGAGCUCGCUCUCAAUUCCUUGCAGAGAGCCGGGUUCUUCAUGGAGUCGGUGCGGUUGGAUCAGACCUCCAGAUCCUGUUCAACAUGGGUUGCUGUCGGUGACAUAGCGUCCACAUCACAGUUGCCUUCGCCUCAUGGAGGACAUUCUUCUUCUACGACACACCAACCUGCCAGUACACCCCCUCCUCCUGCCUUUACAGCAGCAGAUUUUAUUAGAUCAGUCAAUAAAAAGGUUCGGCAAAACUACAUCAGAAGAAGAUUACUAACUACCUACAAAGCUCUCGAACGACUGUCACAAAGUGAGUUCAACUUAGAUAGACUUGAAAUAGCAUCUGCUUCAGUUACAAGUGCCGCAAAUGAAGCAUCUCAAGACAACUCCAGCAUUGUGCCCUCCCGUCUUACGGUACCAGGUUCUAGUCCAACACCAAGUAAGAGUCCGACAGGAACCAGCAGUACCAGUUCAAACCAAGCUGUGGUGCGGUCCAGCAAGCAGAGGGGUGGGAAGAAUUUACCACUCACUAUUCGUGAUGUAGAAAGGGAAAGAGGCAAACCGUUAUCCAAGUAUGAACGGAACAUGAUGAUAUUCAACUGGCUGCAUACACUGGACGACACAGCUUUUGUUGAAGGAAUACAAUAGGCUGUAGAAACAGAAAAACCGUCUACUGUCAAAUAUGUCUGCUGUAAUAAGUGCCACUUUCUUAUACCGUCAGAGUUAUUAAUAUGCUAUAGUUGUUGACUUAAACUUCCAUCGCCACUCAAGUGUAAAAAAUAAUUUAUUUCAAGUGUAACAUUAGAUUUAUAGAUUAUGCAACGUUAUCGUAUACGUUUAACUGAAGUGACAACAUUUUUAGGAAAUGACUCAUAUAGUGUUUGCAAUAAUUCAUAUAAUCGUUUUGAAAGUAAAAACAAAAUAAGUAUUCAAAAUAAUUUUCCAAUUAUUUAAAACGCUACUUUGCUAAAAUAUGGGCUAAGUUGCAUAUUCUAUAUGUGUAAUUACAUAUAUUUAAUUUAAAGGUCUUCCUCGCAAAUCAUCAACGAACUAAUCGAAAUGUUCCCAAAGAUGUUGCAAUAUUGCAUAGAGUAAUAUACGGAUUUUAACAGUGAAAAAGAUUGAGGUAUAUAAUGCUUUCUCGUCCACGUAUUUUUGAACGGGUCAAGUAGUAAGCUGAAAGUAAUGAAGGUCAUGCAUGCAUACUAUAUUCUAACGUAAAAUAAGCAGGUGAUAUUCUUUUAAGUGGAAUGGGGAGUCCUACGAUCACUCACUUAGAAGCUUGUACCUUAUGACUGUAGAACAGUGUUUCCCAACCCAAAAUAUACGGUGUUUCUUAAAAAACACUUGUUUGCUGUGCUACGGAAAUGUGCAACACCUUGUAUAUUUUCAAAUAAUUAAGAGAUAUACAUCAAUGAGAUAUCAAUAUGGCUGCAAACACCGUUUUCUGGUAUCUUUUUCAUAAAAAUAUUUUCUAUUUUGGUUGGGACACCCUGUGCUCAACUUUAACAGCCUGUCAGUCCGUCAAUUUGAAAGAUAGUGAUUUCAUAUUCUAGGAUUAUAAAGUACUCAUAAGGAGCUUCAGAAUGAGCUUCACUUGACUCCACAUUCUAAUUAAAAAAUUGUUACAAAUUGUUGAAAUUCAUCACCCUAGAUUUCACCCGCUCACAAAAUAAGUUGGGAGGAUCUUUCUGAAGUACACUAUAUACUAAAAACUAUUACGUAUAAGAAGAUAAGGAAGUUGUAGAUGACGCUGAUUCACUGUGAUUAGGGAAAGGCCAGUACCAGAAGCGGAGUUAGGUUGACUUAUUAUUGGGAUUAUCAGUUUUGUUGGAAACAUUAGGAAGGUAAAUUAACGCUUUCGUAUGUCGGUGAGAUAACAGAAUUUUUUGCAGCCUUGGAUGGUGAAAACCCUU